CGGAUCCCAAGUACGGCCAUAUGCAUCGCAAAGAUCGGACUUACAAGCCGACCAGGCUCGACCCCGAACUCCUGAAGUCUCGCGAGGAUGAUAUCAUGCCACAGCCCGGAUCCUCUCUGAAGGCCUCUCCACCGCCUCCUCUUCCAAUACCUCGAGCUCGACUCCCAAAGAACCACCUCUGAAUGGAACGAACGGCUCAGCCGCACCGGCAGCUCAGUCUAGACCGCUCGAGAUCGAUACGGAUGUCACGAUGAUGUCGUCAUCGAUCUCUGAACUGGCUAGCAUCAUCGACCCGUCUAUCAUCGCUACGACCAUGACCAUGACGACACCGGGGACAGCUGCGGAUAGCAUGAGAGAAUCGACGAUCGUGCCCUCGGUCAAUGGAUGGCCCGGGCCGCAGUCGGCGGGGUCGACGGUGACGAAUGGGAAUGGCAAGACAAAGGCAGGGGGACACGAGGCGGACGUCGACGUGGAUAUGGACUUGGAUGGCGCUCGACCCGCUCGACCCGAGUUGAGCCGUAAACACCCUUCUAUGAACGAUAUCACCCGAAAGAAGAACAGAGAAGCAUGGAUCAUGAACAUUGAAUGGAGAAAGGAGAUUCGGGAUGGCAUACGAUCGGGCGACAUCGUUCGCGGUAUGGACCUGCUUCGACGGUAUUUCCCAUCUGUCCUCCAGAAUUAUGGUUCGACAGGAUCGAAGGCCGAGUACAAGACCCUCUCAGCAGACGAAGCCGAUGAGACCGACAGUCACGCUUCGAGCUUUGAUGACGGGUCGGAAUCGAACGAUUCGGACGGGUCUGGUGAGAGUGCUAGCGAUAGGGAGGAAAGCGACGUCGACGAGGAAGAGACGUACCGGGUGCCCAGGCACGACGAGAUGGCGAGCAUGACCUCGGUCGCGUUCCCUGGAAUCAAGACGGGUGUCACUCCCGCUUCUCUCUACCUGAACCUCGAGAUCCAGUCAUUCAUCGAAAACGUUCGCCAGCUCGAGGCGUCAUCCGACGCUGAGAUGGACUUUUCAAGCAUGGCUUCAUCGAUGCACUCGGAGAUGGCGGCCGCAGACGGACUCAAGAACGGCAAGACCGCCUUGUCGUCCUUUGCACCUUCGAGAGACUCGACGUCCAGCCCCGACUUGAGCGCACGGCCACAUAAUGGAGAUGUUUUGGGAGGCUCGAGCAGCAAAUCGAGCCGGACGCUCGCUUGCGUCGCUCAGGCUCAAAAGCUGUACGCCGAGGCGACCAACUACAUGUCAGAGGAUGCCGCUGAGCCCUUCAUCAAUACGAUCGAGAGCGUCACCGCGCUGCUCGCUUAUACGGACAUGGCCUCGAGUCCGCUCAAAUGUUGGCUGGAUACCAAGAGGAGGUUCACGCUGGCCGAAACGGUCAACUCUGCGAUCUUGGCCCGAUCAAAUCCGGAUCGACAAUACUCCCGAUCGAGGCUGGAGACGAUCGCGCGGCAGACCAGUGUCGUUGUCUCGACCUGCAAAUCUAGAGAUUUCGACGUGUCCCCGCCGUGGAAGGUGGACAAAGAGGGUAUCGCGAUGGCUUCGCUUGCCAAUAUGGUCGCCGCUAAGCAGUCUUUCGAUCUUCGAACCUUUUUGUCUGAACGAUGAACGACUUACGCAUAUUUACGGAUUCUUGUAUGUUUUACAUUAUGGCAGUCGAAUCGCAGAAGUAACGGUUUGUAUAGACGUCGUUAUCGUCAUUGUUCAUGUAUCGAUUUGUAGCUCAAUGUCAACGAGGCCGCACCCAUGUACCAUG